GGUUAACGAACAACGUGUAGUCUCGCCGGGCCGGCUUCGAUCGCGACAUAUGCUUCAUAAAUAUUAUAUACAUUAUAAAAUAAUAUCUAUAAUUAAAAAAAUUAUAAAAAUAUAAUAUUUCAAGUGCUAGGUUCUGUUUAAAUACGGCUAAUAGAUAGUGACCUACAAUUUUUUGAAUAUAUUAACCUAGUAGCGGAAAAUAAAAUGUGUGCAUAAAUCGAAUUGUUUUAUCGUCUAACUGUGAAACGAUAGUUUUGUAGUAUUAUUUUUAUUUUUGUGUUAAUAACCGCACGUGGUGUUUCAAGGUAGAAGGUAGUGUGAUGCAAUGUUUACAUGAGCUUCGUCACUUAUUCAGUUAAGGUAGCCAAAAUUAUGUUUGUAUUUACAACUAUAUUGGGUUAAUAAUUUUAAUAUUAUAGUGCUUUGAUUUAAAUUCAUACGAUGGCGAAAGUGUCGGCAACUGAAACUUUGACGCCGAAGGUAAUGGACAUAGGAGAUGGUGAACAUAAUGAAGCAGAACCGAGUGGCGGGGUACGGUUAAAGAAGGGGUUAAGUCUUGUAAAUGGGGUGGCAAUUAUUGUUGGUAUAAUUGUUGGGUCUGGAAUCUUCGUGUCUCCCAGCAAUGCCUUGAAGAAUGCAGGGUCCAAGGGUAUGGCGCUCAUUGUUUGGGUCCUCUCCGGGCUGCUGUCAAUGAUCGGAGCACUUUGCUAUGCGGAAUUGGGUACUAUGAUCCCUAAGUCGGGCGGUGACUACGCAUACAUCGGCGAGGCCUUCGGUCCACUUCCAGCAUUCCUCUACCUUUGGGUAGCUCUUUUCGUCUUAGUCCCUACUGGAAAUGCCAUUACGGCUUUGAUAUUCGCUACAAAUAUUCUCCAGCCUUUUUGGCCUGCCUGUGAACCACCCGUGGAUGCCGUGAUUCUUGUAGCUGCUGUUUUGACAUGUUUCCUUACAGCCUUAAAUUGUUAUAAUGUAAAAUGGGUUACGCGAGUGCAAGAUUCGUUUACUGCAGCCAAAAUGCUGGCCCUCGUGGUAAUGUUCGGUGCAAGUAUUUGGUAUUUGUUCGCUGAAAGCACAAACAAUGUUCAAUCAAUGAUGGAGGGAACUGUUACAAAGCCAGGGGACAUCGCUGCUGCCUUCUACCAUGGGUUAUUUUCGUACUCCGGUUGGAACUAUCUCAACUUUGUGACGGAGGAACUGAAAGAUCCCUAUAGGAAUCUUCCGCGAGCAAUCUGUAUAUCCAUGCCAGUCGUCACAAUUGUGUAUGCAUUGACCAAUUUUGCCCUCUUCGUUGUCUUAACAAAGGAACAGAUUAUUGCGUCCGGCGCUGCCGUUGCUGUCACAUUUGGCGACCAAAUACUGGGCAUGUUCUCCUGGAUAAUGCCUCUAUUUGUCGCACUGUGCACUUUUGGAUCCCUUAAUGGAGCUAUUUACGCCUCAUCCAGGCUGUUCUUCGUUGGAGCAAGGAAUGGACACUUACCUCUGGCGAUCGCACUUAUUGACGUCCGACGACUUACUCCAGUUCCAUCCUUAAUUUUUAUGUGUCUGGUGACGCUAUUACUGUUACUGACUCGGAGCGUGGAGUCACUCGUCCUAUACGUCACAUCAGUGGAGGCAAUUUUCAUUAUCUGCUCAGUCGCGGGCCUCCUCUGGCUGCGACACACACAACCAAACGUAACCCGGCCAAUUCGAGUCAACCUAUUAUUCCCAAUAUCAUUCCUUGUUUUAUGUACAACACUUGUUAUAUGUUCCUGUUUUAAGUCCCCAGUUGAAGUUGGUAUAGGUAUUGGCAUGAUUGCGGCGGGAAUACCGGUUUAUUUUAUUUGUGUUCGGCACACGCCACGUUGGUUGCAGUCAGCCUGCAAUUCAUUCAAUAUUGUCUGCUCAAAAAUGUUCCUAUGUCUCCCCGAAGACUCAAAGGAGUUAUGAUUUAUAAAAUCAUUACGUUAGAUCUGUUUGAAAGUAUUCUUAGAUUUAAGUUUGACAAUAAAUAUCGAGCUUUUACAA